AUGCGUUUGAGUUCAUUUCUUGCGGCCGGUGUGGCCGUUGCACCGUCCGCCUAUGCCAUCAUGCUUCGAUUCUUUUGCUCGCAGCUUGUCGUCGACCGCCUUGACCCUCUCGUCAACCCGGGAGCUCUUCCUUCCCCCCAUCUCCACCAGAUUGUCGGGGGUAACGCUUUCAAUGCCUCCAUGAACCCAGCCCAGCACGACGUGGCAACAACCGCAACCUGCACCUCCUGCACCGUGCCCCAGGACAAAUCCAACUACUGGACAGCUGUCAUGUUCUUCCGGGCACGAAAUGGGACCUUCUAUCGUCUCCCCACGAUGGGCAACCCGCUCGGCUUCGGCUCUGCCAACGGAGGCAUGACGAUUUAUUACCUGACGAACGGAAAAGCAACUUCCUUCAAGCCGGGCUUCCGCAUGACGGUCGGCGACCCGAGCUUCCGCACCGCCGAUCAGAUUAAGAAGUACCCAAGCUUGAUCUACACAUGCCUGCAGACAGCAUACACGCGUGGCGCCGACACAACCGGCUUUCCCACCGGUACCUGCGCGGCUGGGAUCAUGGUCAGCUUGCGGUUCCCGACCUGCUGGGACGGCAAGAACCUCGACUCGGCGGACCACCAGAGCCACACUGCCUAUCCGGUGAAUAACGCGUGCCCUUCGACACACCCGGUCGUCAUCCCACAGGUGUUCUACGAGGCCAUCUGGGACACGACCAAGUUCAAUGACAAGUCGCUGUGGCCGACAGAUGGAUCCCAGCCAUUCGUCUGGUCAUUCGGCGACAAGACCGGCUAUGGAAGCCAUGGCGAUUAUGUCUUUGGCUGGGAGGGGAAUGCAUUGCAGAGUGCCCUAGACUCGAGCAACUGCAACAGUGAUCUUCUCGGCAAUAGCCUGAAUUGUUCCCCGCUCAAGAGCCAGUCUAUUCAGCAGGGCAAUCAGUGCACCGUCAAGAGGUCUGUCAAUGAGAACAUCGAUGGCUGGAUAUCACAACUUCCAGGUGGUAUGCCUGUGGCAUGA